AUGAAACUGAAACAGUUGACAGACGAGAAUGAUUUGCGGGCAGUAAAAUGCAAAUAUGCCGACGAUCCGCUGUUCUUCCUUAUUUGGCAUUCGAUCGAAUUCGAGUUGGAGAAGUCAUUCCCAAAAACGAAGCUCGCACUUUAUGCCUAUCAAUCCUCUGAUUUCAUAUUGCUGUUUGGAUACAAGAAGAAUCAAAUUACUAUGUAA